AUGAAGAUUAAUACCAUUAGUACAUACGUGUUGGUAUACCUCUUGACAAACGGCCACUGGAAUCUCAUGGUCCCAGUCAAAGCAGAUGGAGGUUCAAAAUCAGGUAGUGAUGCAGGCUCAACAGCCGGUAGUGAUGCAGGUUCAACGGCAGGUAGUGAUGUAGCCGAAGUUUCAACUUUGGGAACUGACGGUACUGUUGCAUCUCCAGCCAACGAAGCCGACGGUAGCUCAUCAUCUGCUGGAGCUGACGCAGGUUCCAGUCUACCAUCUGGCUCAUCAGGUGAAUCUGCCGAUGCCAGUCUUGCAUCAGUACCAGCUGAGGGAACAUCAUCUGGUGAAUCUGCCGAUGCCAGUCUUGCAUCAGUACCAGCUGAUGGAACAUCAUCUGGUGAAGAUGGCUCAUCUGGACAGGCAGCCCCGGCAACUGAAACUGUGUUACUUAAUGGCUUGUACCCUGACUCCUAUACAUCUGGAUGGCAUGUUGACAUGGUAGGUCCAGACCCAAAAGUAAUUGCCAAAAGAAUUGAAGCUUUGAGUUUAGCCGCUGAUGCAAGAAAAGCUGCUGAAGAACUUAUGAAAGCUGCAGAGAAAUUGAACAAAGAAGCAGAUGGUUUAACUAAAGCAGUAGAAGAUAGCGUCAGUUCGGUAGCGAACGAGGAUAAGAUUGAGGAGCUGAACGCUAAGAUUGCAGAUACAACUGCCAAGGUUAACGUGGAGAUGAAACAAGCUGACAUGAUAGCCCACGAAAAUGAUAUGACAUACUACAGUGGAUUCCCUAACGGAUGGCAUGUAGAACACGAUCCAGUUCGCGAAAAGGAUGAACUCCUAAGAAAAACUAUGAUGUAUAGAGAUAGUUUCCCUAAUCCAUGGCAUGACAUGAACUGGCCAAUGUUAGACGAAACACAAAAAAACAGAGAAAAGAAGUACAAAGAAGAUAAAGAAGUAAUAAAAGAAAAAAUAGACAGCAAGGAGGCCCAAAUCGUCUCGAAUGAGGAGCAAAUUGCAAGUAAAAAUUCCGAAAUGGUAGUUAAAAAGGAAGAGUUAGAAGAUAAAAAUGAGGAAUUAAAUGCCAAAAAACAAGAAGUGUCUGAUUUGAGAGAACUUAUUAAAGAAUUAAAUAAGGACCUGAAAAAACUAGAGUUGGAAGCUAGAAAUAUCGCUUCAGAGCAUAGUACACUUAAUAGAGAACUCCUUGUACUUGAUCUGGAGAUGAGGAAGCUAGACGACGAACACGCAAAACUUAAUAAUGAAUUCUUAAACUUGUUGGAGGAUGAUCGUAAUCUCGCAAGAGCGUUUUAUGAUACGAGUGCAAGUAUUGGGUAUUUACAUGAAAAACAUACUGGUGGUACCUAUGGACUAUACAGUGAAACUGAUCGUCCCGUUGAUCCUUCUCAAAAUUUUACACCAUAUGAGGUUAAUGUGGAAGGGUUAGUAUUUGCAAGUGAGUCUGGAUCAUCUGAAGCAUCUUCAGCCUCUACAGCCACCCCGGUAUCUGAAGCAUCUUCACCUGAAGGACAAGCUAAGGUAGUAGAAGUUAACGAGGCAGAUAAGGCCGCUGAAGCUUCGGUCCCUGCUACUGUUGUUCCAGGUGCUGGAUCCACUGAAGCUAAACCCGAGUCAGAACCUGCUGAAGCCAAGGCCCCUGAAGUAGGAGCCAAGGUGGAAGAGUCGGCUCCUGUCUCUACGGCUGCUCCCGCCCAUACAGCAGGUCAUGUGGCAGUUCCUGAAGCCAAGACUGAGGCUCAGGCAGCUCCAGCCCAUACAGCUGGUCAUGCCGCCGUUCCUGAAGCCAAGGCCGAGGCUCAGGCAUCUCCAACUGGUGUUAAAUUCUACAAGACAGGUUCAGAUGGUUCCAUGGUUGAAAUGGUUGAAAACACCGAUUUUGAAAAGAAAAACUCUGUAGGUGAUGAUAGAUUUGAUUUUAAAACCAAUGCCAAGUGCGAAAAGAUAACAUUUGAUGGUCAAGAUGUAUGGAAGAAGGGAGAUCAGGAUGUUAAUGAGCCUAGGUCUGUAACUUAUAGAGACUCAUUGAAGGUAGUUGUUGUACGUGACAAUAAUUGGACCGUGAAUUACAAAAAGGAUCUCAGAGAGGGUGUAUGGAAGUUAGAAAGUAAGUCAGAAAGAACUGCAAGAACUGGAUCAGCCAAAACUGCAUCAACCCCCUCCUCUAGAACAGGACUAGCAUCACCAGGAAUGGCAAGAACUGCCACUGGUGGAUCAACUACGAACCUCGCCAGCAGUAGCGCUAAAUUCGGGGGAUCAGUGUCAAACCUUGAUACAGCUUCAACAACAGGAUCUGACGAAGGUAAAUCUACUGGAACAGAGGACGUUGCCAAUCUCAAGGAAGUAGAGGAAGAUACAUCUGGAUCAGGUUCAGCAGGUACAGCCGGAGCAACCACCUUAAGAGGCACAGGAAUGGCAGGGUCAACAGCAGGAAAAACAGCACUAGCAACACCAGCUAAAAAAUUAGGCCAACAAUAA